AUGAUGGAAGAAAUUAAACAAGAUCAACAUGUAAUGAUUUCAUUAAAACAAAUGCGUGAAAUAUGUACACAAUUUUCUGAGCAUGGAUAUCCACAUAAUAAUAUUUCACGUAUGUCUUAUCCAUUAAAUAGAAUUGGUCUUAUUGAUAUAUUAGAAAAAAAACAUAAAUUAACUCGUGUUAUAACUGAAAAUCUUUGUCAUUAUAUGGAUAAUACUAGACGAUAUAGAGACGAAACAAAAAAGAUUUUACCACCGGAAGAUUAUUAUCCCGAUGGUCAUUUUAAUCAUAAUCAACAAAUAAAUGAACGUUUAAUUUUUCUUAAGUUUACAUUAAAAGAAGGUCGACUUUAUCUAGGUUUUGAUUAUAUGAAAAUGAUUUGGAUAAGUUUAGCUGAACAAGCUGUUUAUCCACAUGAUCGUGAACAAUGUUUUCGUUGGUUUGCUGAAAUUAUUGAUGAAGUUGGUUUUGAUUUAAAAGCGGGAAAAGAAUUUUUUCAAAAUCAUUUUAUGAAACUUGAACCUCAUUUACUUACUGAUCUUGGAAUGAAGUAAGUUAAUUUUAUAUUAUAUUAAAAAUAACAAUAUUAACGAAAUUAUUCAAUAAAAGACUUACAAUAGAUAGAAUAAAACAAACUUUGCAUGAUUUCAUUUGAAUUUAGUUCUGUCAAAAAAAGAAAAAAUAAAUACGAAAACAUCGGAUUUAAAUCCGAGUGUUAUGUGUAAUUCAAAAAGUGAAGAGGUAUAUUCACUUUGUUUUUUAUCAACUGAGACAUAUCUAAGCAAUUUGCUUUCUGCAUGCAGUUUUUUGUGCAUUUUGAGACCUUUUUUCAGCCGAUGUUUUGUUAAAAAGCUACGAUUUGGUUCAAAACUAAUAUCAGAUUCGGAAUCAGCGUUAAAAACUGACGAGCGAACCACCCGAGGUGUCAAAAAGCUUUUGAGCUGAAAUUUUGCCCACACGUAGGGGAUGCAUAGACUAGAAAAAGUCUAAAAGGAUAUGGGCCCAAGUUGGGAUUUGACUGAGAUAUCGACUAUUUACCAUAAUUUUCCUAUAUGAUCCUACUUGUCCGAUAAAAUCAAAGUUUUGAAUUUAGGCCUGAAACUUUGUCCACACCAAGGCCACAAUCAGACAAGCUUGCCUACAAAGUUUCAGAACUCUUGGAUAGACUAUCUCCGAGAUAUGAAUCUGCAACAAUAUCUAUGUGAAACAUUAUAUGCAUAAAAAAGCGUCUUUAUGCUAACAUACUAGU